AUAUAAGUGGUACCGUUAAUGCCACUGACACUUGUGACAGUGAAAUUCAAAUAAAUUUAUAUUUAUCUUUUAUAUAAGUUAAAUAGAAUUUAUCUUGGAAAGUAUGAUACACGAAACAUUACUUUAUUUAUUGAAUUGCCCUGUAAACGUAUUUGGGACAUACGACGUUGAUGGAUUGUCUGACAUCUUAGAAGUACAAGAUUUCAUUCAUCCAAGUGAGAAGAAACUUCAUCAAAGAAUUUUGGCAGUGGGUGCUAGCUAUCACUGUAUUGAAAAUUUUAUCAAAUCUGUAACAGACCAAAAUAUCAUUAAUCUUCAGACAAAUAUUGAAAAAGAUUCAGUAAUUAAAUUUGAAGAUAAGAUUGCAACAAAGUGUGCUACGCCUGGGCUGUAUGUAAAAGCUUUUUGUCAAGGUGUAGAUAAAUGCUUGGAAGAGUAUAGAAGAGAUAUUGUAAAACUGGAGGAGUUGUUCCUUAAAAAUUGCAGUAUAAAUUUAACAUAUAUUCUUGGUUGUGUAGAAAAGUAUGUAACAUUAUUUGAUGCUUUGAAGUCAAUGGUUUAUAUGAUCCAGUCUGAUAGUAUCAGAGGUUGUCAAAUCAUUGGGAAAUUACAAAGAUAUUUGGAAAGUGGUACUGAAUCUGUAAACAAAGCUGCUACCAGGAUAAUUCAGUUUGUGAAUGUAAUAUUUUUUCGUCAACUCUGUAACUGGAUUAUUUAUGGAGAUCUGCUAGAUAUAAAUGAUGAAUUUUUUAUUUGUGAUGGAAAAGAUGUAGAUGAAAAUUUUAUUAAUGAAGAUCCUUCACAUCAGGAAGUAACUAAAUUUAGUGAUGCUGCUUUUGAUGCUCUGAAAAGUAGCAAACUGAAGAGACCUCCUCCAAUCCGCCGUUUUUUUUUAAGAGAAGAGUUAUUUCCUUUUGACAAUUCUAAACAUCUUGCUGAAGUAAUAUUAUUCAUAGGACAGAUUGUUUGGAUAAUUAGCAAUGGACCAAAAGAGAAAACCAAAGAUAAACUAAACCUCAGAUACACAAGGGACGUGUGGGAAGGAAAAGAUGUUGUGUAUUAUCAAAAAUUACAGAAAUUGGAGAAAAGUGCAAUUAAUAUAACGGAAUUUGAAGCAACAAUUGAAGAAUGCCGGUUGACUUUAGCCAAAUAUUUGUGGAACAUCAUGGUAGAAGAAGCCAAUUUGCUGGAACAUUUGCAAUUAGUUCGUGACUAUUUCUGUUUAGGAAGAGGUGAACUGUUUCAGCAAUUCAUUGUUUCUGCUGAAAACAGUUUGAAAGAUAAUCCAUGCACUUCUACAGUCGGAAAUAUUAAUUGUAUUUUCAAGGAAGCGGCACAAAAAUUGUACGGUGAUACUGACAAAACGCAUAAAAAGUUUGAACUUGCUAUAGCCAAGGUUCAGGACAAUAACUGUAACGAUCCACUGUUAUCUUUAGAAGUAAAUUUUGAAGUAAAAUGGCCUCUGCAUAUAAUAUUUCACCCAAAUACGUUAAAAUUGUAUAAUAAAUUGUUCUGCUAUCUUUUAAGAAUUAAAAAAACUCACAUAGAUCUUCAUAAAUUGUGGUCGUUACACAUUCACUGCAAACACAAAAUAAACCCAAUGGUAUGGAGUCUUCGUACUACGCUGAUGUUUGUAGUUAACAAUAUACAAUAUUAUUUACAAGUUGAUGUGAUUGAAGGCCAGUUUUCAAUCUUGAAAGGGUCUUUCAAAAACGCGCAUGAAUUCGGUCAGAUUGCUCGCCAUCAUUCAAUUUUUCUUUCGAAUUUGUUAAGUAAAACUUUUCUACUGGCCACUGACGAAACCUCAGAUCAAGAAAAUAAGCAGCACCAUUCGCUGUACCAAACUCCCGCCGUAAUGCACACAGAAGGCGAAAAUUUAGUUUACAAAGUCAUCCUUCAAAUACUGCAACUGUGUGACAAGUUCUGCUUUUUGGCUUUAACAUGGGAAAAUAAUCUUCAGGAACCAGAACUAAAACAACUUGAGGAAAUGAAGGCAGAAUGCGAUACUCUUAUGCAAGUACUCCUGAGGGUUCUUUACAACUUACAUGAGCGCGUCUCUGGGCCUCACUUACUCCAAUUACUUCAUCGGUUAGACUUCAAUAGGUGGUUCAGUAAAAGGAAGGACCUGCCUCUCACCUCAAACUAAUAUUCUGUUACUAAUAUUGAGAUUAUUAAAUUCAUGUAAGUAGUGCUUCUUCAAAUAUUUAUUUCAUUUUUCAAAUAAGUAUAAAUACAACUAAUCAAUGACUUGAUAGUAGCCCUUUAUCCUUAUUGUCAGAAGUACUUUUUCAUUUAGGAAGGAAAUGAAACAAUUUUUUAAGACUA